AUGGACUUGGAGAGGGUGUUACGAGUGGGCACUCGGUUAGUGCAGGGUCUACGGGGACAGACGUAUCCUGAACGCUUGCUCAGUUUGGGUAUGUACUCCAUGCACUACCGAAGGAUAAGAGGGGACCUGAUUCUCACUUAUCGUAUUUUGACGGGUAAGAUUGGCCCGGACUUGUCAGGGCUUUUUAGUCCCGCUACGUUACCUAGUCUCCGCGGUCACCCACUGAAACUGCAUAAACCACGGUCUGAUAGGAUUAGGACGGAAACUCGUCUAUCGCGCCGAGUUAUAGAUCGCUGGAAUUCGCUUCCAGAUCAUGUGGUUAGGGAACCUACGGUUAAGGGUUUUGCGCGCCAGCUCGAUGCUCUUGGGUGGCAACAGCAAACCUUUCCUUUUUCCUAG